AAGACGCCCCACCGGCCCCCUUGACUGCGCCGUUGCCGCCCGCCGCCGCGAUCAUGAGGGUCACGUCUAGCCCGGGCCUCGUGCUCUGCGGCCUGCUGCUGCUGCUCCAGACCCCUUGCAACCUUGGCUUCACCCCCCAGUCCAGAGGGCACCUCUGCCGGACGCGGCCCACGGACCUGGUAUUUGUUGUGGACAGCUCUCGCAGUGUGAGGCCAGUGGAGUUUGAGAAGGUGAAGGUGUUCCUGUCUCAAGUCAUUGAGUCACUGGACGUGGGACCCAAUGCCACUCGGGUUGGCUUGGUCAACUAUGCCAGCACGGUCAAGCCUGAGUUCCCACUGUGGGCACACAGCUCCAAGGCCGCUCUGCUGCAGGCUGUGCGCCACAUCCAGCCACUGUCCACCGGCACCAUGACUGGCCUGGCCCUGCAGUUUGCCAUCAGCAAGGCCUUCAGUGAUGCCGAGGGCGGGCGCGUCAGGUCUCCUCACAUCAGUAAGGUGGUCAUCGUGGUCACGGACGGGAGGCCCCAGGACAGCGUGCGGGACGUGUCCGCGCGGGCUCGGGCCAGCGGCAUCGAGCUGUUCGCCAUCGGCGUGGGCCGCGUGGACAAGGCCACGCUGCGGCAGAUCGCCAGCGAGCCUCAGGAAGAGCACGUGGACUACGUGGAGAGCUACAACGUCAUCGAGAAGCUGUCCAAGAAGUUCCAGGAGGCCUUCUGCCUGGUGUCAGACCUGUGUGCCACAGGGGAUCAUGACUGUGAGCAGGUGUGCCUCAGCUCCCCGGGAUCUUACACCUGCGCCUGCCAUGAGGGCUUCACCCUGAACAGUGACGGCAAGACCUGCAAUGUCUGCAGUGGUGGUGGUGGCAGCUCGGCCACUGACCUGGUCUUCCUCAUUGAUGGAUCCAAGAGUGUGCGGCCAGAGAACUUUGAGCUGGUGAAGAAGUUCAUCAACCAGAUCGUGGACACGCUGGACGUGUCCGAUAGGCUGGCCCAGGUGGGACUGGUGCAGUAUUCCAGCUCGGUCCGCCAGGAGUUCCCGCUGGGCCGCUUCCACACCAAGAAGGACAUCAAGGCCGCCGUGCGGAAUAUGUCCUACAUGGAGAAGGGCACCAUGACUGGGGCUGCCCUGAAGUACCUUGUUGACAAUUCUUUCACUGUGUCCAGUGGAGCAAGGCCGGGGGCCCAGAAAGUAGGCAUCGUCUUCACUGAUGGCCGAAGUCAGGACUACAUCAAUGAUGCUGCCAAGAAGGCCAAGGACCUUGGCUUUAAGAUGUUUGCUGUGGGCGUGGGACACGCGGUCGAGGAUGAGCUGAGGGAAAUUGCCUCGGAGCCCGUGGCAGAGCACUACUUCUACACAGCUGACUUCAAGACCAUCAACCAGAUUGGCAAGAAACUGCAGAAGAAGAUCUGUGUGGAGGAAGACCCGUGUGCCUGUGAGUCCAUAGUGAGAUUUGAGGCCAAGGUGGAGGAACUGCUGCAGGCCCUGACCCGGAAGCUGGAAGCCGUGAGCAAGCGGCUGGCCCUCCUGGAGAACAGAGUCGUCUAAGGCGGCGUCCCUCAGGGGCCUUUCCAUCUCCCAGCGCAUGCAUGGCUCCGAGAGUCCUGCAGGUGUCCCCAGUAGCCCAUGUUAGUCUAGCUUUGCUGUUUUAGUGAGGGGACGGGGCAGGGUCUGGCACGAGGCUAUCUGAGGCUGGAGCAGGAGGGGCUGGCUGCCUGCGUGUAUCUUCCAGGAGUGGGUGACAGUGCUUGGGAGCGCAUGUGUGUGUGCCUAAUUGCCUGUGUAUGUCUGAGAUUGGGAACACGUGUACACAGUGAGAAUGGAAGGAAUGAAUGAGAGAGAUGGUGUGUGCAUUUUUUAAACCCAAAGCUUAAUAUAUUCCUAUUUUUUUAGUUAACCCUUUCUUGACCCCAAGUGCUGUGAAUCUCCUUUUUAAUUUCUCUGUUCUCCGAAGAAAAAACAAUUAAAUGUGAUUUAACUUAAGCAUUGAA